AUGGUUGACAUCUUGGCGUCGAUGAAGGCGUUGCCGCUCUUCGCGGCGUGCGUAUUAGCGGCGGCUAGCUACCCUCCCAUUCCAUCGGACAAGACCACUCCAGUGCAGCAGCGCCUUGCUGUCAAGGGACCGAAUGCUGUGUCCGUCGGCUGGAACACCUACCAAAAGCUCGCCCAGCCUUGCGUCCAGUACGGAACUUCAAAGACCUCUUUGACGUCCAUGCAAUGCUCAACCAGCUCCAUCACAUAUCCCACUUCGCGCACAUACUCCAAUGCUGUGACUCUGACGGGACUCACGCCAGCUACGACCUACUACUACAAGAUUGUGUCGACAAACUCAUCUGUUGAGCACUUCCUCAGCCCACGUGUGCCUGGUGACAAGACGCCCUUCUCCAUCAACGCCAUCAUCGAUCUCGGUGUGUACGGCGCAGACGGCUUCACUAUACAAGGUGACCAGACGAAGCGCGAUAUCAUUCCAACGAUUGACCCAUCGCUCAACCAUACCACCAUCGAUCGUCUUGCACGGACGGUCGACGACUAUGAGUUCAUCAUCCACCCGGGUGAUCUGGCAUAUGCCGACGACUGGUUCGAGAAGCCAAAGAAUCUUCUUGACGGAAAGAAUGCAUACGAAGCUAUCCUCGAGCAAUUUUACACCCAGCUAGCGCCUAUCGCAGGUCGCAAGCCAUAUAUGGCCAGCCCUGGUAACCACGAGGUUGCCUGCCAAGAAGUUCCCGUGCUCACUCUCGCCUGUCCCGAAGGUCAGAAGAACUUCACCGACUUUAUGAACCGCUUCGGGCAGACCAUGCCCAGCUCUUUUGCCUCAACAUCCGCAAACCAAGCAGCCAAGGUGAACGCCAAUAAAGCCGCCGCGCUUGCAAAGCCGCCAUUCUGGUUCUCCUUCGAGUACGGCAUGGUCCAUGUUGCCAUGAUCGACACGGAAACGGACUUCGCCAACGCACCUGACCAGCCGGGCGGCUCUUCCGGGUACCUUAACGCCUCGCCCUUUGGCACCGCAAAUCAGCAGCUUGACUGGCUCGCCGCGGACCUCGCCUCUGUCGACCGAACCAUCACCCCUUGGGUCAUCGUUGGCGGCCACCGCCCCUGGUACACUACCAAGGGCAGCUCCCCCUGCGACUCGUGCCAGAAGGCGUUCGAGCCCCUGCUCUACAAAUACGGCGUCGACCUCGCCAUCUUCGGUCACGUGCACAACUCGCAGCGCUUCCUGCCCGUCAACAACAGCGUCGCAGAUCCCGCGAAGCUGAACAACCCCAAGGCCCCAAUGUACAUUGUCGCUGGUGGUGCGGGUAACAUUGAGGGUUUGUCGAGUGUGGGUGGCAACUACUCAACGAAUGUGUUUGCGUAUGCGGAUGAUUUCAGCUACGCGAGUGUGUCGUUCCAGAGUGCGAAUAACUUGAAGGUCGAUUUCAUCAGGUCGAGCACGGGCGACGUUUUGGACUCCUCGGUGUUGUACAAGAAGCACGAUCAGCAGUUUGUCGUGCAGUAGGGACAAUAUCGUUCAUGAUAACAAAUGAUGAGUAAAGCACGAUUCACGUAACAGAAGGCUCGACGCAGCCAGACGAAUGUAACUUUGGAUUUCGUAUCGACGUUCGAAACUGUAGUGAAUGUCCAAGUUAAGAC